AUGUCGGAACGACGCAGUUACCAGGGUCGCUCAGGAGAGUCAGCCUCAGACUUCGAUCGCCGUCGCCGUGGACCCCCCAGCCGUGCCCCCAACCAACGGUACCGAUCUCGUUCUCGAGACCCCAACGAACGCCGGCGCGAACGAAGCUGGUCUCGCGACCGCCGCGACCGUGAUAAGCCAGAUCGAGGCGACGAACGCGAGCCUCGAGACCGCAGAAGCAGUAACAACUAUGACCGUGGCUAUGAAAAGCGAGGUAUGUACUCAACCAAGCUCCAGUCUUGGCGAUUCGAGUCGAACCAAUUGGCCCUGUUUACUGACCAUCCUCAAGGAAAUGCGCCUAGAGAUAGACUCCGCGACCGAUCCCGUUCUCGUACACCUCGGCAAAGUGAUAAUAAGGGCCAAAGCAACCGCGGAAAGAGCGAGGAAAUGGACGUGGAUCUCCCGGAUGAUGCCAAUGAAGAAGACUUGGACGCCUUCAUGCGCAAGCGUAUGGGGUUCAGUCGCUUCCGCAGCACCAAGAACACCAAGGUGCCUGGCAACCAAAUAUACGGCGUCCGGAAAGAGAAGAAGGUGGAGUACCGCCAGUACAUGAAUCGUUCGGGUGGUUUCAACCGACCUCUCAGUCCAUCACGAUAA